AUGGACAUCUCAGAGCCUGAGGGUCGAUGGGCCGAGUGUCUUAACCGCCAGUUUCCACACACCACGAAGAGAAAUGCAUCGGAUGAAGAAUGGAAGACUUUCCACCUGGCCCUGCCGUCCACAACCCACGAGGCACCGACAUCUAUUGUGGCAAUAAGCCAGGCCCCGGAGCUCUCAAGCAUCUGUAUGGCCACGCCCGUCUCUCGUUGGGCCCUUUUCAUUUGGCCCGAUCCGUGA